GCCGUUCCGGCUCCCGGGCUCCGCCUGUGCGCGGCCUCCUCGGCGCAGCCAUCCUCGCGGCUGCCGAGGGCGGUAAAGCCCACGGCAUCUGCCAUUUGUCACUCAGCCCGUUGGUACCGCCCCAAGCCUUCAUUUAGACACGUCUGGGGCGGAUUCUCGCCUCACUCUCUUGGUGGACGGACAGACGAAGGGACGGGGCAGCUCCCCCCCUCCCAGUCCUGCAGACAGCGGGCCUUGGCGCGCGGGGCGCUUCCCCCGGUUGCCGUCAUGGCCGCGGAGGCGGCACGCCCGAGCCGCCGCGCCUGAGUUCCUGGGGGCUCUCGACCCCGAAGGCUUUCCGACCGACAGAGUGUGUCUAGGUGUGGACAUUUCGUUUAUCCUGGAUUGAUUGUUUCCUGUAUCUAAGAUUGUUCCUGCCGGAUCGAUAGCAUAGUCAUCGUUGGCUUUUGAUUGCUCUCACGUCUGAUGUGGCCCGUUUCACAUCACAUCUAAAACUUCUCUGUUCCUCAGACUUGGAAAGGUAUUUGCAUAGGAGUCAGAGGAGUUAAUCUUCUGGUGCCAGUGGCUAAACUCUAAUUCUGGAAGAGGAGCCCGGAGUCUGGACUGAGCUGAGCCGCGUGGAGCCCCUGCUUUAGAACAGGGACCUUCACGAGGCACUGCGAGACACCGAGGCAAGAGGUGGGUAGGUGGAUUUGUCUGGAAUUUUAACGUUUAGGAUUAAAGGUAAAUAUUUGGGAGACCUGUGAUCCCGUAGAGUAGCUGACUCUGGGUUAUGAACAAAGUCCCCCAGGGAUUGUGAGAAAAGGUAAAGGGCCAGGCGCCAGGCUCACAAAUCGUUCAGAUUUCCAGUGACCCUUGGCAACGUGCUCCUCUGUGUUGUACGAGUAUGAAUGUCCCCCUUAGGGUCUUCACUGCAGAGGUUUAAUCUGAUCGCUCACUGUGGUCCGCCUCCGUGAGAUAAGGUUUAGUUGUCCGUGAUCUGCCAUAUUGGAUGGGCUCCUUUCCAUUUGGAAUUACGGACUUUGGGAAAUAAAAUUAAAAACCUUAGUUGAGAGGCCUUUCAAAAACAAACCUUGUACGUCUUCAGCCUAGAGGAGUCUUUCACUGAAAACUAAGGCAGAAUCCCCAGUGUUUGGGGCUGCCCAGUUCCUUCCCACUCAGACCAUUAGAAAUAAAGUCAGUCUGAAGAAUUUACGUAGCAAAAUCAAGGGUAGCUAGAAGUGAAUGAGCUGAAACUGGAGGGAAAUCCCUUUGUUCAAUUUGGUUUCAUUGAAUGCUCAGCAGGCGGCUAAACCAGUUCAUUAAUAGAAAAAAAGACAUGUUCUUAAAUGCUGCUCUCAGAAGCAAGUGCCUGGAAGAGCAUAUUGUGACGACCAAAACUGCAUUCUAGAAAUCAUACGCUCUAGACUCAUGCAACCUUAGUUUGUGUCGUCAGUGAAGGCACAUAUCAUUUACCCCCAAAUAUUUUCCCAUUUAUGUGUAACAAUGAACUGGAAUUAAUCUGUCUGCCAUGUGCCAGUCCCCGCUCCUAGAAAAAUGUGAUUUUUUUUCUCACUACUCUGGAGCUCAGAAACAUCUGUAUUUAGGAAUGUUGGAUGUUAUAGGACCAUUUUUGGCCAUGUACUUUUUUUUUAUGUAAUUGACAUAUUAAAACUUUCCCUGUGGUUUUGAAAUCUAAGUUCAGACCUGAAAUGCAGUCUGCAAGUAGCAUCCUGUCAAACUUAGAUGUGUUAUUUUUCUGAACUGUCUCUCUGCUGUAUUAAAUUGUCCUCUACGGCACAGGAUUAUCCCCCAGGGCCGUGCGUGCUUUCAGGUUCUCUGUGGCAUUGUUAACUAUUUAAGCAUUAGACCGGUGCAGCGAUGGCAGGUGGGAAAGGCCAGGGACUUGAUCUCCUCCCGGCCAGGGUUCUCCUCUUUCACUAGUGCUGCUUACAUUGAACAGCUUAAGAAUAAGCUCCUGUGUGAGCCCUCGGAGGCCAAGGAGUAUUGUUGAAUUCAGAAAGGAAUCUCUUUCUUUUAGUGAUAAUUUGAAUAUUUUGACAAUGGAGCUAAGCUACUCCACUGCCUGGUUUGCGUACCGCAUGUCAUGUGCAUGCUUUCUAGUGGGGCAGAAGAGAGCCUCCGCCUCUGAGUUCCUACGUUGGCAUUGUCUGUUGGUGAGAUGGGUAGGAGCAAGGGGAGAAUCAUCCAGGAGAAUUUCACUCUCUUGCUUUAAUGUUUUCCAAAGCCUUUAAAAAGGAAUUAAUCCAGGCCUUUGGAGACCAUGAUAAAUGUGGAGUAUUUCGAGAAGAGAGAUGGACCAUGAAGAUGAUUUGUGAAGUGUUUAUGCAUGCAAAGUGAGGAAUACAUUUAAAACAAAUUCUCUGGAUGAUUCAGGCAAAGAACCUACUCACUUCCAGUUUUUUCCUGAAUUCGAGACAGGUUAUUUUAAAGAUUUAGUUGUCUAAAAUGGCCCUCAUUUUUCCAUUUUUAACUUAAAAUGAUGUUCUUAUCCAAAAUAAACAGAUAUAGCCUUUUUUGAUCAAAUUAAGAAAAGAGGCAACCAAGUGAAAAAAUUUACUUAGGUGAGCUAUAAUUGGCUUUAUUUCUUAAUAUAUUUAUCUUUGUACUGGCUAGGAAAACCUUGAAAAGCUUUUCACCUAAGAGGAUCAACUGGUUGGAAUAGUCUUAGUUGGAAGAAGCCAAGCUUUAAAAUUAAUUGGUGAACAGAGAUACUGGUUUCCGAACGCUCCCCAGGGAUCUGUAGUGCAAAGCCGGCUGUGGACUUGGCCCCGAAGCCGUGGUAAAAACAUAAACCUCAGGGCCCCAGCGAUGCCACAUCAGCCUGUGCCAGAGAUUGCCCUAGCAUUCUAACGCGUGGCCGGGUUUAGUAAACCACUGGAUGGUCUGUUCAACUUGGAGCCUUCGGCCUUUCCACCCUGCACAUUUGCUAAAUCUGUACAUUUAUACAAAGCUGUUGUUGAAUAUGAAUGCCUACUAGUUUUACUGACGUUUUCAAUUCAUAAUUUGUUUCAGGUUUGUUAUUGCCUGGAUUUGCAUACCUGUUUUAUGGUAUUCUAAUACUGUUGAUUUUUUAAAAAUACUGUUUCCUCUGACUGCUAUUUUGAAUAUUUUAUGUAAGCAAUUGCAUGGGUUUUUUUCUUUCUACUUGCAGAAAGCAGGGGGAAAUUUCAGGGUUUUUCUAAUCUAGUUGCAAGUAGGACAAAGGAUAUAAUAGAAAUACUUAAAGGUCGUCUUGGGCAAGAUUAUAAGAAAUACUGAAAAUCUUCUAAGUUACAACAUUAUGAACUUUAUGAUACCUUUUAAGUAUAGCAGAUGAUCCACAAGUUUUAAGACUCUUACCAUUUGGUAUUUCUGAGAUAUUUUAAAAUUAAGGGUGGCAGGCCUAUUGAGGUAUUAUACUACAGGGUUUUGAAGUUUAAAACUGAUCUCCCGCUUAGUGAAAUGCACGGAAGAGCAGUAGAAAAUCUCUCUGCACGAUAUCAGUUGAGUGUAGGCUCUUGAGGUGAAGCUCCAGUUGCAGCAUGGGGGGUGGGGGGGAUGUUUUUCUAGCUUCACUCACUGAAGACGUGCAAGAUCUCUUCUUACAGGUUUGAAUCCUCAACCAGGACGCCCGCGAGGACCCCGUGACCGCCUGCACACUGACGUUGCCCGUCACCCAGUAGACAGUCUGGUGUUCCAGGACUAGCCCUGGCUCUAGUGAUGCAGAUUACCUUUCUACUCCUGGAGUCUCAUCUGUGCCUCAGACUUUCUCCUCCCAGCUUGAGACUGCACAUACACUAGGAUGUGGGACAGCAGGAAGCAGAGCUAGUGGUCCCUGAGAGGCCCGUGUCUGGGUAGAACCAGCCCCAGGACGCUCGCUGCCUUUCCCCUGGGCUGGAGUUCAGCUGUGGGGGUUCGGCGCAUGUGCUCAGCACCAUCCUUCUAUCUGUGCUUAAAUGGCACAGCGUUUGGUCAGCGCCUCUGAAAAGGAAGGUGCGAGAAGCAAAGCCCAUGGCCACCUACCCCUGCCAGUUAUGUGGCAAGAUGUUCCUCACCCUGGAGAAGUUCACUAUCCACAAUUAUUCUCACUCCAGGGAGCGACCUUACAAGUGCUUGCAGCCAGAAUGUGGCAAAGCUUUCAUUUCCAGAUAUAAAUUAAUGAGACACAUGGCUACCCACUCGCCCCAGAAGACUCACCAGUGUGCUCACUGUGAGAAGACGUUCAACCGGAAAGACCACCUGAAGAACCACCUCCAAACCCAUGACCCCAACAAAAUGGCCUUUGGGUGUGAGGAGUGUGGGAAGAAGUACCACACCAUGCUGGGCUACAAGAGGCACCUGGCCCUCCACGCAGCCAGCAGCGGCGACCUCACCUGCGGGGUCUGCGCCCUGGAGCUAGGGAGCACAGAGGUGCUGCUGGAUCACCUCAAAGCCCAUGCCGAAGAGAAGCCCUCGACGGGAACCAAGGAGAAGAAGCACCAGUGCGACCACUGCGAGAGAUGCUUCUACACCCGGAAAGACGUCCGGCGCCACCUGGUGGUCCACACAGGCUGCAAGGACUUCCUGUGCCAGUUUUGUGCCCAGAGAUUUGGGCGCAAAGACCACCUCACCCGCCACACCAAGAAGACACACUCACAGGAGCUGAUGAAGGAGAGUCUGCAGUCUGGAGAAUUUCUCAACACCUUCCACUCUAUCUCUCCCCAGUUUCAGCUGAAGGCUGCCCCACUGUCUCCUUACCCACUAGGGGCUCCUGUGCAGAACGGGCUGGCCGGCGGCUUGCCCCCUGAGGUACAUGGCCAUGCCCACAACCCGCCAGAGCAGGCCUGCCCUCCUAUUCAGCCUCUGCCGGAGGGCCUUGUUCCCCUGCACCCCAUAGCACCUCCCGGCUCUCCCCCUGCACCCCUCCAGAAUCACAAGUACACUGGUUCUACCUCAUACGCCCCACUUGCAAACCUGUCCCUCAAAGCAGAUACUAAAGGGUUUUGCAAUAUCAAUUUGCUUGAGGACUUGCCACUGCAAGAGCCUCAGUCACCUCACAAGCUCAACCCAGGUUUUGAUCUGGCUAAGGGCAGUGCUGGUAAAGUGAACCUGCCCAAGGAGCUGCCCGCAGAUGCUGUGAACCUAACAAUACCUGCCUCUCUGGACAUAUCCCCCCUUCUGGGGUUCUGGCAGCUGCCCCCUCCUGCUGCCCAAAAUGCUUUUGGGAAUGGCGCCCUCGCCCUGGGGCCUGGGGAUGGUCUGCCCCAUAGACUAGGCUGUCUGGGGCAGCAGCAGCAAGAUCCCUCACUGGCCAUGAGCACUAUGAGCCUGGGCCAGCUCCCCCUCCCACCCAUCCCCCAUGUUUUCCCAGCAGGCACCAGCUCUGCCAUCCUGCCUCAUUUCCAUCACGCAUUCAGAUAAAUGAUUUUUAAAGCCUACUUUUCUCAUUCUGGAAGCUGUUUUAAGAAGCAUUGUAAACGUCAGUUAUGUUACGAGGGAAUAUUUGGAAAGCAGGACUGCGAGUAUAGCUUAUUCAGUAAUGACUGGCUUGAGAUAAGAGAGUUCUCGAACUGCAUGUAUCGUGCCAAUCUGUCCUGAGUGUUAACGCUUUGUACCAAAUGUAGUAAGCAAGUAUUCUUUAGUGGAACUGCAACUAUUGUCAUAACCGGCGUCCGAACGGGGGCUGCUGUCCCUAGGUGUCUGUCAAACUGCAUUCAGUCGGAAGCCAUGAUCAUUGUAAUGUCGGCUGAGCAGCUUUAUGUAGCGCUGCCUAGUAGGGGAGCUGUGGGAAGGUUUGGAUCUCUCCAAAAUGGGAGAAAAUGUGUUAAAUACGCAAGUAACCUUUAUACUGCUUAUUAUAACUAGGCUGUGUAUUUCUUUUCAGGGAUUUUUCUACCUUCAGGGUUGGACGUAGUUUAGUUACUAUUGCCAUAGCCAACCUGUAGUUUUACAGAAACAAAUUUCUUGUGGAAUAAUAGAUGUCUUCAUUUUAAACAAGCAUUUUAAAUGUAGUUUGAAUAUUUUCCACAAGACGCUACAAUGUGAGUUAUCACUUCAUUUAUCUUAAAGACUAAACUGGUUGUGUCAGUUACAUCUGACGGAAAAAUCACUGUGUACCCAGGCUCAGUGGUAAAAUAACCCAUGUGUCAGUCAAAAAAGCAUUUUGCUGACUUUAAUAUUGAUUAUAUUUUUAACAGGAAUUUAAGAAAUAUUACUGGAAUUUAAAUAUAUAUAUAUAUUAAACAAGAAUUUUCUUUGCUCUGUCUGGCUUAAAAUACUACUCUGCUUAAGUAUAUUUUUAAUCAUCAGCAAAUAAAUGCAUUUAAAAAUUUAUCAUUUAAGUCAAUAUUAGUUGUAUUCAAAAAUAUAACAUUUUGCAAUGUUAAUCUCUCUCUUAAACUUGGUAUCUAACGAGUUUUAAAAAUAUAAAACCUAACCUUUUUGUUAAGACUCCUUUGUCUUUUAUGUUUAGAGGCUUUCUAUAUGAAAAUGUAUCGUACAUAUAAUAAAGUCUGCAAAUCCUGA